CAAGCAGUGAUGUACGGAGAUACUAUCGAAAAGUUUAUAGAUAUGCUUCAAAAAAAUCAAAUUAUUUUCAUUUCAAAUGGAGAAGUGAAAGGAAUAAACUCAGCUUUUCCAAGUAUCCACAAGUCACUUGAAUUAGUACUAACAAAAGACGUAUCGAUCAAAGAAGCACCAACAGGAUUCCACCUGGAGAACAUAUUUAACAACUUUGUCCCAUUUGAAGAAGCAUUUUCCAUGAAAGAUGCAACAAAAAUUAAUAUUCUCGCAAUAACAACUAAUGUUAAGCCGGCGAUCAAAUAUAUUACAAGACACAACAAACCAGACACUAGGAGGGAAAUCACGCUUAUGGAUAUGAGUGGAAUGCCAAUGCGUGCAACUUUAUUUGGAGAUUUAGCUACAAAUGAAGGAUCAAUUAUUGAAGCAGAAAUCAAAUAUAAGCCUGUAAUAGCAUUAACAGAUUUUAAAAUCUCUAUAUAUCAAGGGGAUACAAGCAUAUCGUCGCAAAUUAUUUCAACAUUCUGCAUCAACCCAAAAAUAGAACUAGCUAGCGAAUUAAGGGAAUGGCACGGUAUUGCACAUUUAAGGCAAAGAUAACUACUAUUUUAAAUAGGCUCGAGCCAUGGUUCUAUGCUUGCAAAGGCUGUGAUAAGAAGGUUGAUAAAGAUGUUAGUAAAGAGUGUCUGAAUGACAAAUGCCGCAGAAUCAUUGAUGACCCAGUACCAAGGUACUUAGUUAAGAUUCUCGUGGAAAAUGGCACGAAUAAUGCAAGAGUAACACUCUUUGACGCAGCAGAAACUCUUAUUGGAUGCAAAGCAGAAACAUUCAUUACAGAAAAGAAAGAGAAAAAUAAUCAGAGUCCAUAUUUCCAAAAAAUUGUUUUGAACAUCGGAAAAACAUUCAAAUUCCUGGUGAAGUUAGAUGAAAAGACAAAGGAUGAACGAGGCGAAGGCAAUAUAAUAGCACAAGAAAUUCAACUCCAGUCUGAUAUUACAAUCAAUAUAGAUGAUGAAGGUGCUACUCUAGAGUUGCCCAGAAAAAAGAUAAAGGUGGAGAAAGAUUGAUCUCCGUUCAAUUAGAAAUUUUCAAGAACAAUAUUUUUUAAUCAUUUUAUAUAACAACUUAUUUUUUUAUUACAAUUAGGAAUUUUUAUAAGGUAU